CUUUCCAUUGACAUGUUUUACUUAUAAUUUAGAAGUGAUAGACUAGAACACAAAUGUUGAUGUCAUUUAUUGGUCAACAUUUAGUGGCAUACACAAAACAGAUGGUGGAAACUUUCAUGGCUUGCUGUUACUUUUCCCAUUACGCAGAUGAAUUAAGGGGACUUGAAUGGAGUACACGAUAUGGAAUAAUUAGAGGCAUCUGUGAAGGUCUGUAUCAUCUGCACAAGGAAAAGCAAAUAUAUCAUAUGGAUAUAAAACCCGACAAUAUACUCCUAGAUAAUGAUAUGGCGCAGAAAAUCACGGAUUUUGGCUUAUCAAGACUUGAUGAAAAGACCAAAACCAUGAGUAAAUACCGUCCUGGAUCAUUACGAUAUUGUGCUCCAGAAUACCUACAUCAGGGGAAGAUGUCAUUCAAAUCAGACAUGUACAGUUUGGGUGUUAUAAUUACCGAACUAGUGACAGGAGAAAAGAUGAUCCCGAAUAAUAAUAACAACAAUAGCAGGGCGGAUCGGGCGACGCCCUGCAUCCCUAGCUACUUGAAGCUCAUCCCAGGCAAAGUUGGUGUCUUUGUCCUACAUUAGCCAUCAAGGUAUCAAAAGCUAAGCCAUCAUGCAUGUCUGACGUCUAGUCUACUCUGUACCAUCUAUUCUUACGCCUUGUAAAUAUAACAUAAUUACGCAUAGUAUCAAGUGUUUGUAGGAGACAUGCCCUAGAGGCAAUAAUAAAUUUUAUUGAUUA